GUCGGGACAUUCUAACUUUUCGGAAUAUUAAACGUAGCGAUGUAUUGCGUCACGCCGUUCUUUCGUUAUUCCUUCCCAAAGCCCUUGAACUUGACCGCCGUCUCUCCGCGAAGGCGGUCCUCCGUCUCCGUCGCGUCCUUCACCGUCGUCCCAGAUUCGGAUAUCCCACUGCCGACCCCUAAACCUAAGUCGUCUCCCUCGACGUUGCUUCUCGUCCGCGUCGGCGUGUGUCCUCUCGCGCGUGCGCCCGAGUUCACGAGCUUCUGCGUCACAGGAGACGUGAGGGCAGCGUACGCGUUCGCAAACGCUCGAGCUCUUUUCCACCGCUUCUUCGCCACCGUCUCAUCGACGAGCGUGACAUUCUCCGCGGCGGCUCUGUCGAUCUCUAAGUUCGCGGCGGCGAUUGCAGCGAGCGCUUUCUCUUGCGCCGCGGCGCCCGCGGCCUCGUCCGUCGUCCCGGGGAAGUACUUCAGCGGUAAGACGCGCAUCAAGAAACCGACGGGGAUCGAACCGAACCCGAACCCGAUGGAGCAGAACCAUUCCGCGGUGGUCAGGUUCAUGAAACCGAUCGCGGGACCGACGACGGUGCGCCCGACGCCCUCGAUGAGCGCCACCUGCGUCAAGAACGUGACGAUGAUGAUGCCGCAGAAGAUUGGCGAAUUUUGGAUGUUGUCCAGGAUGUUAAAGUCGGCGAUCUUGCGUGAGUUGAUCUCGUUGAAUAUCUGCAUCAUCACGAACGUGUUGAAGAUGACGGAGUUGAGCUGA